AUGGAUCCACCUGGCUGGGCCAAGAUAAAAUGUUCCUGGCACUGUCUCCCCGGGCUGUUGCUACAGCUGCUUUUGGCUCCGUGCUUCUUCUCCUACCUGCGUGUGUCCCGAGACAAGCCCACAUGGGUCCCCGAAUUGGGGACCCCCUCCCAGGCCACUGAGGGGCCCUCCACCCACCUGCCUCUGCGUCUCCUGCUGUGGACGUGGCCAUUCAACACCGCGGUGUUUCUGUCCCGCUGCUCAGAGAUGUGGCCCGGCACAGCCAACUGCCACCUGACCGUCAACCGCAGUGAGUACCCUCAGGCGGAUGCAGUCCUUGUGCAUCACCGAAAGGUCAGCUCCAGGCCCAAGGCACAGCUCACUCCUUCCCUGCGGCCCCCCAGCCAGCGCUGGGUCUGGUUCAGCAUGGAAUCGCCCAGCAACUGCCCCAAACUGAAGGCCCUGGAUGGCUACUUCAUCCUCACUGUGUCCUACCGCCAGGACUCAGAUAUCUUCACGCCAUACAGCUAGCUCGAGCCAUGGCCUGGCCAGCCUGUGGACACACUGGUGAACGUCUCGGCCAACACCAAGCUGGUGGCCUGGGUGGUGGCCAGCUGGAGGGCGGACUCAGUCAGGGUGCAGUACGAUCAGAAGCUGCAACCUCACCUCCAAAUGGAUGUGUAUGGACGCUCCCACCUGCCACUGCCCCAGGAGGUCAUGACUGAGAGGCUGUCCCAGUACAAGUUUUACCUGGCUUUUGAGAACUCCUUGCACCCUGAAUAUAUCACGGAGAAGCUGUGGAAGAACGCCCAGCAGGCCUGGGCCGUGCCAGUGGUGCUGGGCCCCAGCAGGAGGAACUAUAAACAGUUCCUGCCACCCGAAGCCUUUAUCCACAUCGAAGACUUUCAGAGCCCCAAGGACUUGGCCCAGUAUCUGCUGGCGCUGGACAAGGACCACACCCGCUACCUGAGCUGCUUCCGCUGGCGGGAGACGCUGCGGCCCAGGUCCUUCAGCUGGGGCUUGAUGUUCUGUAAGGCCUGCUGGCAGCUGCAGCAGGAUCCCAACUACCAGAUGGUGACCAGUAUCACGUCUUGGUUCACGUGA